AUGGCGUGGGGCGUGCCACCGCAGCCGCAGUCGUCCCGUGUGCAGGCCCUCUACGAGCUCUGCAAGCGCUCCUUCCCCUCCCCUUCCGCCGCCGGCGCCGCCUCGUCGUCUCCCCCGCCCGCUGAUGUCAUCCGCAGCAUCACCUCUCUCAUGGAUACAAUCACUCCUACGGAUGUUGGGCUCAGAGAUAAUAAUCUUGAGGACGACAGGGGUCAUGGAUUUUUUGAUUCCAACUUGCUCAGGGGUUCAGGAAGGCUGCCUCGGUGGGCGCGGCCCAUCAAGUACCUUCAUAUCUACAGCUGUGAUGCGUUCUCUAUUGCAAUAUUCUGCUUGCCAACUUCAUCUGUCAUUCCUCUUCAUGACCAUCCAGGAAUGACUGUACUGAGCAAAAUCCUUUAUGGUUCCAUGCAUGUGAAAUCAUAUGAUUGGAUAGAACCUACUGUCCUAGCAAGUAGCCAGCCAGCAAGGUUGGCCAAAUUACAUACGGAUGAUGUUCGUACUGCCCCAUGUCCAACCUCCAUUUUGUAUCCUCAAAGUGGUGGGAACCUGCACUGCUUCACUUCAGUAUCUUCUUGUGCUAUUCUUGAUGUCCUAGCUCCACCAUAUAAUGCUGACGCUGGUCGGCUUUGCACUUAUUUUCAUGACUAUCCAUUUUCAAGCCUCUCAGCAGCUGGACGCAAAAGGUUAGCUGGUAACCCAGAUAAUUAUGCAUGGCUGGAGGCCAUAAACACUGGAGUGAAUGUCCACAUGCAAACUGGCAUGUAUACCGGUCCAACUGUACAGGAACUUCAGACAUGA